AUGAGUCUCGCCUCGCGGCAUAGCGGAGCCACACAAGGAAGUAAUCACACUAACGCUAAUAAUGCUUCAAAGCCGACACAUGGAAAAUCGGGUAGAAUGGGUGGUCCCUUCGCUAGUCUUAUGUCAGGACGCUUGGCUAUGCCUCGUCAGCUAGUUGUCCAGGCUCGAAAUGCCCUCGAUAACACCCCAGUUCAGAUUCACCUUAGUUUUUCCGGUACAAUUGGUCAAGGAACUUUUGGUCAGAUUGAAAAAGCCACUCUUACUACUCCGCCUCCAACAAAAGCCGCUGAUGACAAAUCCUCUUCAUCGGCAAAUACUGCAAAUUCUGCUGAUACUACUGUUCUCUCAGUUGCUGUUAAGCGUGUUCUUCAGGAUCCGCGUUAUAAGAAUCGAGAACUAAGCAUCAUGCAGAAGUUGAACAGACAUCCAAAUGUUGUUAAAUUUUACUACUAUUUCUUUUCAACUUCUUCUUCCUCAUCUCGUAAUCGUUCUCGAGGUUCGCAGUCACAAGCCCUCGAGGGUGAAUGUUCAGAUGUGCCACCAAACACUGAUAUGGAUGUUUAUCUGCAUUUAGUGCUUGAAUGUUUCCCCGGAAGUCUCUGUGAAUUGGUCUACGUAUACUUUCAGCGUACUAUGAGCAUUCCCCCGCUUACUGUCAAACUUUUCACUUAUCAGAUGCUCAAAGCGCUCGCUUAUUUACACUGCCAUCAGAUUUGCCAUCGAGAUCUUAAAUCAUCCAAUCUCCUUGUUAAUGAACAGACCCUUGUCCUUAAAUUGUGCGAUUUCGGCAGUGCUAAAGAAAUGGUUCCUGGAACAACCAAUGUCUCUUAUAUUUCCUCUAGAUAUUAUCGUGCACCAGAGUUAUUAUUUGGGGCUCAGAUGUACACCUGUGCGAUCGAUACAUGGGGAGCUGGUUGCGUUUUGGCUGAAAUGCUUCGUCAUCAGUGUCUCUUUACAGGGGUAGAUUCUGUUGAUCAGUUGGUCAAGGUAAUCCGUGUGCUUGGUACCCCAACAGCAGAAGAUAUUGCUAGUAUGAAUCCCAUGUACGAAUCUUACAAUUUCCCUGAUGUUCAGUCCUGCCCCGUGAAAUUAUUCUUCCCACGUCAUACACCUGCUGAUCUCUUGGCUCUUAUGUCUAAAAUGCUCGUAUACAAUCCGAACAAUCGACUUCCACCUCGUCAGGGUCUACUUGACCGUGCUUUCGAUGAAAUUCGUGACUUAAGGGCAGCGGGUGGGAAAUUACCCAAUGGAAAUCCCUUACCACCUCAUCUGUUUGAUUCUGAUCCGGUUGAUUCUACCGGGGAUAAGCCAUCUGGUGACGCAAAAGGUCAGGGGCAAUCAGAGACGGAUGGAAAUACCUCUCAAUCGGUUAACGCAGACCCAUCUAAAUCCGCUUCCGGAGAUGGAAUGAAACAAUUAGCAGAAAAUCCAUCAUCUUGA